AUGCAGACGUCGCCGGCGUUGGAUCACCGCGCGGCGCCGUCGCUGUCGGCGGAGGAGAAGCGGCGGAUCGAGCGGGUGGCGCGGUGCGUGGCGCGGGACCGGGACGGGGACCUGACCGAGAAGCUGCUGCUGCGGCUGCUCACCAUCACGGGCAACUGGCGCCGCUGGGGGUUCCUCGCUCCGGACCACCCGCUGCACCCCUACUACCUCCAGCAGAAGGUCUCCGAGCGUUGCCGCAUCCUCCGCCCGCGGCCCGCCGCCGCCGCCGACCGGUGA